CUGACUUUUUUUUUUCAGAUUGUUUUGCAUCUACGGUUAUUUGGCAAGCACAGAUUAUUUUUCUUUGCGAUUUAUUUUUAAACUGCAGGCAUACAUUAACGUUUUUAUAGAAAUUUUGCAGUUGUGUUGUGGAUAAUUGAACUUCACGGGAGUGGAAAAUGCAUUUAAUAAUGGGAUACGAAGAAACUCAUAUGCAUUCUCUUCGCAUAAACAAGCGGAAUUUUUUCAUAUCCGAAAUUUAUUCAAAAGAAAGAUGGCGAAUGACAUAUGAGGCUCAAUCUCAGUGUUCUGAUAGUGUGCCUAAUUCAUCAGAAGUUAUUCUAAUAUUAACAAAAAAUGUACCUUUCCACAAUUUUAAAAUAUUUGCAAAAGUGAGGAGAACUGAUGAUGGUGCAGAUCGUCUAAGUGGAGUCUUGAUCAUCAGAUUUCAGAAUAUGGAAGAGAAAAAAAGUUCAGUUAAAUAUGUUCUGUCAUGUGACUUAAAAGGUCAAGAAAUGGCGAGUGAAGUUUUUGAAAUAAGAGAUGAACAUUAUAAGUCUCUUUUAAGUGAAAAUGAUGGCUUUACAUUUCCUGGCGAUGUGUUGAUCGUUAGAGUUAAGCUCAUUGUCUUAUGUCGCCAUGACCAUAAAGUUCAUAGGAACCUAGCUGAGAACAAACUACAACCAGCAGGCGAAAAUAAAAAUAAGGUGGUAAAGGGCAAAGAGAGAAGAGGAGAGAGCAAAGCUGGAUCAUCGAUACAAAAUCAUAAGCAUAAACGAUAAUCUAAAAAUCGUUACUGUUGACUGCAUCGCUGACUUACGGAUCGAUGUACAGAGCCAUUUGUCUGAAAUAUUAUUUUCAUAUAUCUUGAUUUUAAGUCAUUUAGGUAAAGUUAGAUUUGUUUUGUCACAAUUAUUGUUUUGGGUCACUUUUUAAUAA